AUGUCUAAACAACAAUUUUCUUUUAUAUAUGAAACCGGUUUAAAUUCUUAUCCAUAUUCUAAAAAAAUAAAACGAUUUAUUGAACAAGAUGUUUAUGAACAAAAAAUUAAAAAACUCAAACUCGAAUUUGAAGAUAUUUAUCAACAAAUCGAGGAAGAAGCUAUCAAAGUUAUCAAUAAAAUGAAAGAAGAAAUUAAAGAGAAAAAUAAGAUUAUUGAUAAAUUGGUUGAAC